AUGAUUGGCUGGAUGUUGAGAUUUCUGGAAAAUUGCAAAGAAAAAUCGGAAGAAUUGAGAAAAGAAUCAGGUCUGGAUGCAGAAGAACUUUCAGAAGCUGAGAAAAGAGUAAUGAAGAUCAUUCAAAGAGAAGAAUUUUUAGACGAGAAAGAUGAGAAAUUAAGAACACUAAAUGUUUAUAAAGAUGAAGAUGAUCUCAUCAGAUUAAGGACAAAAAUUGUCUAUCGAGAAGACAGCCAUUUUUUUACAAGACCUGUGAUUCUACCUUCUCAACGCCAAGUUGUAAAACUUUUAACAUUUUCUUUUUCACAAAAGGCAUGA